CGACGCGAGUGUUUUGUGAGGUCGGCCGAUGUUUUGAAAGCGGGACUGGUGGCGAGGAUGCAUCGUGCAAGUGGUCUGCGGUGUCGGUAGUCACGAUACCGGGUGGUAGCAGCUGUGCGGGUGCUGCGGGGCGUGCGGGCGCGGGCAGCAUGGUGCUGGAGGGUGGAUUGCCGCUGCAGCUGUACGCGGCGGCGGCGCAGCUGGCCCCGCGGCCAGCCUGGCCGCCCUUUCUGCCCUUCUUCGGGGUGCCGCCGCCGUUCCUGGCGCGGCCUCGGCUGCCGCAGCCGCUGCUGAGGGCGCCGCACGGCCCGCCUAGCGAGGACUCUAACGAGGACGGCGCCAGCACUAAAGGUGGCGUUGGCGACGACGACGGCGACAGUGGUAAGCGGCGGCGGUCGCGUACAAACUUCAACUCGUGGCAGCUAGAGGAACUCGAGCGAGCUUUUCUUGCCUCUCACUACCCAGACGUCUUUAUGCGGGAAGCGCUCGCCAUGAGACUGGACUUGAAGGAGAGUCGGGUUGCGGUGUGGUUCCAGAACCGUCGCGCGAAAUGGCGUAAGAAGGAGCACACAAAGAAGGGACCCGGGCGGCCAGCGCACAAUGCGCACCCUCAGUCCUGCUCGGGGGAGCCCAUACCGCCGCACGAGCUGCGUGCCCGCGAGAGGGCGCGAAGAAGAAAGAAACUGGCAAAAGCGCUUGAGAGACAAGCGAGGAAGCUGCGAGCUAAGGGAAUCGCAGUUGAUUUGGAAGCUUUGAAAGCGGAAUACUUGGCACAGCACAGAAACAGCGGCUUGUAUUCCGACUCCGACGGAGACGUGGAGGGAGAAGACAGCAUGAUCGAUGUAGUUGGAGGAGAUUCCUGUCACGAUUCCGGACCUGAAGACUUCUCUCUAUCAGGAAGACUGCGAGCACCAUCAGGAGGAGAUGCUAUAAACAAUUCCGAUAGUUCAACGUCAGACGCUCAUUCUGGACGUAACUUCAGUCCGAUACCAGAACCGCAACCGUCUUUCUUUAAACAAUUCGGUACGAGCGGUGCUAGCUUCGAGAAAUUCGACUUCGAUUCAGGAAGAGCUGUAUCUUUAGACCUGAGCGGGACGGGCACAGCCACGGAACAAGAUCUGUCGAGAAACGGGGGAACAAGGAAACAUAAUCCAUUUAGCAUAGAAUCGUUGCUUAACACGUGAAAGUGACUAUAGUAUUAGAUUUAUGCUACAGAGGCUCUCCGAUAUAAUUUUUAUUAACAUCAAAACGGCAUUCGUUGGAAAGUUCCUUUGCUUUAAAUAUAAUUAUGGUACAUUAUUAUCACUAGUGCUUCGGUAAUAAAGACUAUUAGGUACCAGUUAACAUAUCCUGUGUGAAUAUUAGUUGUAGGAGUUUUGUAAUAUAUAGAUCGUAGUGUAAAUAUCAUCUCUCCGUAUUUAUUUCCGUCUUGAAUGUUGAUAUGAUUGUUUUAUUUUAUUUG